AUGAAGAUGGGAAUGUUGAAGGCCUCGCACAAGCAGAACUCGCAGCCGACAGCUCGCAGAAGGCGGACUGCCAAAAGUUGUGACCGAUGCAAGCAAAGGAAAACAAAGGUUCGCGAGUCGAUUUGUCUGUACAGUACAAUCAUGCCAGGUCCAUGCCAAUACUGUGCCAGCAUCUCGGCGCCCUGCACAAUGGCCAUCAAGCGCAAACAACGCCCCUACUACACCGUCUCUGAAGAAGAGUACCGUCUGGCCAUGCGAAUCCUGCAGAAAUUUCUGCACAACGACGAGUUGACCCUCGAAGUUCUCCGCGAUACAGCGCUGCGGAUGGAAGAGCAGGACUCGCAUCCUCCCAUAACGCUGACUCCUGACGAGACCCGUGAAACGGGUGACUUUCCAGCAAGAGAGCAUCAAGGACCAUCAGGAUUCGAAGUCUUGACCCCCGGAAGCUCUCCACACUCGGAGAACUCAGGACUGCCAACGACGCCCGUCAAAGAUCUGACUGAGAAGAUUGGGAAUCUCAUGAUCGACUCGACGGGGACUAUGCGGUACGUAGGACGAGAGGCGGAUAUCGUAUUCCACAACGCAAUCCGAUCGGUCGUGGAAGGCGCCAGUCUUGACACCAAGCUGGGUGCAUAUCUGCCGCCGAUGAGGUCUGCCUCGCUCCCACCGCCGUCGCCUGAAAGACAGAGCGCCAUCUCUCUUUCAAGCCCGCAGUCGGUGUAUCUCUCCUACCUUCCUCCCCGGCAGUGCUGCGACAGAUAUGUCGCACUCUUCUUUGAAGAUAUCAACAGCCGCUACUGGCUGUUCUCCUUUGAGCAUUUCUCCUCGCGGCUGGACGAGACGUACGAGAGCGGGACAGAGGCUAGUAGCGCGUCCUGGCUCGGCUGUCUCUAUUCCAUCUUUGCUCUGGUCUCGGGCUCGUCGAGACUUGACUGUGCAGCCAAUAGUUUUUUGCCCAAUUGCCAUAAAUCAGAGACAUUGGACCGGAUAGAUCCCAAUCUCGCAAUCCAAGAUCGUCUGAAUUCGACAGAUUAUUUGGCGCUGGCAAAGUCCUUGGUUACCCGGUUGCUGGACGAAGCAGACCUGGACAGCAUCCGAGCAUUAUCAUUACUCAGUCUGGCUCUGCAAAAUGAAUCGUUUACGGUGGGCGCGUAUCUGUACAUUGGUCUGGCAGCCCGGAUCGCUCUCACGCUCGGUCUCCAUCGGGACGAAGCUUAUGAUGAAAUGAACACGGUUGGGCGAGAGACUGCUCUUCGGGUCUGGUGGACCCUGUUUCAGCUUGACCAUGAGAUAUCGAGAUAUCGCGGUCGACCGUGCGCCAUCGACGCUGCAGAUAUUCACCGGAGGAUGCCAUCGGAAAUGGCACUGAACACCGGGAUCCAUAUUCCAUUCAGCUAUACUGAGUCCUCAAUUGCCCUUAGUUUCCUCGAAAGACAAGCUUCUGACAGAUUCAGUAAGAGUGCAAAGAACGGCGAGCUCAACCCUUCUUAUCAGGAGCUCCGUGGUGUGGUUCAAUCUCUGGAAAGUUGGUACAACGCGCUGCCUUCGUACAUCCACUGGGAUAUUCCACUCGCGCCGCCUCAUCGCCGGCCGAUCUGCGAACUGCACCUGCGGUACUGGAGCACGAUGAUCGCAUCGACACGGACGUGCCUUCUUUACAGCAUCGUCCACAACAGUUCCGAUACGUCUUCCGGGACGGAGAAAGAAGCGCUGGCUGAAUUAGGGCAGAAGUGCAUCGAGGCCUGUGACCAGUCCCUGCAGAUCCUCAAGAUGCUCCACUCGCAAGGUCUCCUGUCCAGUCUGACGGUGCAGGACACAAAAUGGAUCGUCGACAUCGCCAUGCUGUCGAUCCUGCUCAUGCUGCGAGGAGGGGAGAAGUCCUCUGCCUGCCAACAACGGUUGAAAGAGUGCGUCGAGAUGCUGCAGUCGAUGGAGAGUCGGGGGUGGUGCAAAUGGGCCAGCCGGGAACUUGCCACGGUGAUUGCGAGUCCAAAUCUGGGGAUUGACAGGCAUGCUUUUCUGUCGAUGACCGUCGAUAGACAGUCAGGCCUCCAGGAAUUUCAUCGAGACUAUGCACUAUUAAUUGCGUAUCUGGCUGAGAUGGCCCACAUCCUAGACAGAGCCCCCGUGUACGUCAACGGGAAGAAAGCCUCCGAACAGGUGCUCUUCCCCCAAACGCCCGUCUUCACGGGCUUCCGGCGGCCUGUCCGCCUCGAGGGCGACAUCUUCGACCUCGAGGUCGAGGGCGAGAUCCCGCGCGAGAUCGCAGGCACGUUCUACCGCGUGCAGCCGGACCAUCGCUUCCCGCCCAUGUUCGAGGAGGACAUACAGUUCAGCGGCGACGGCAACAUCACCGCCAUCCGGAUCGAGAACGGCCACGCCGACUUCAAGCAGCGCUACGUGCAGACGGACCGGUUCAAGGCCGAGACGGCGGCGCGCAGGGCCCUCUUUGGGAAAUACCGCAACCCGUACACCGACAGCGAGGCCGUCAAGGGCGUCAUCCGCACCGUGGCCAACACCAACAUCAUCUUCUGGCGAGGCACGCUCCUCGCGCUGAAGGAGGAUGGGCCCCCCUUCGCCAUGGACCCCAAGACGCUGGAGACGAUCGGGCGCUAUGACUUUGAGGGCCAGAUCCUGACCCCGACGUUCACGGCACAUCCCAAGUUCGACCCGGACACGGGCGAGAUGGUCGCCUUUGCGUACGAGGCCGGUGGAAACGGCCUCGACGCCUCCUGCGACAUCGUCGUGUGGACGAUCGACAAGGACGGCCGCAAGACGGAGGAGUGCUGGUACAAGGCCCCCUUCUGCGGCAUGAUCCACGACUGCUCCAUCACCAAGAACUACGUGAUCCUCCCGCUCACGCCCAUCAAGUGCAACCUGGACCGUCUGCGAGAGGGAGGAAACCACUUCGCCUGGGAUCCCCACGAGAACCAGCUGUACGGCAUCGUGCCGCGCCGCAACGGCAAGCCAGAGGAUAUCCGCUGGUACCGGGGGCCUAAUGGCUUCCACGGCCACUUCGCAGGCAGCUACGAGGAUGAAGACGGCAACAUCGUCGCCGACCUGACUGUCGCCACGGGGAACGUGUUCUUCUGGUUCCCACCAGACCCCAAAGUCACCCCGGAGGCGUCAUCAGCGUCAUACGCGCCCCCGAAGCGCAACGAGCUCAAGUCGCCGACCACUCGCUGGGUCUUCGAUCCCAAAGCGCCGACAGACACCUUCGUCACCCCGCUGCGGGACCUCGACAACUCGGGCGAGUUCGCGCGCAUCGACGAGCGGUUCAUGGGGAAGCGGUACUCGCAUUUCUGGCAGCUCCUCAUUGACGGGACGCGGCCGUACGACGCGGAGAGAUGCGGGCCUCCGCCGGGGGGUCUCUUCAACUGCCUGGGCCACUUCAACUGGGACGACGCAGACACGCGGGACAUCUGGUUCGCGGGGCCGACGACCACGCUGCAGGAGCCGGUCUUCAUCCCGAAGAAGACAGAAGACAGGGUCGAAGAAGGCGUUGGCUGGGUGAUCUGCUUCGCGAACCGGAUUGAUGAGAACCGCAAUGAUAUCCUCUUGUUUGAGGCCCUGAAUAUCGCGCAGGGUCCCAUCGCGAUCAUCCGCCUGCCCAUGAAGCUGGGGUUGGGCAUCCACGGGAAUUGGGUCGACCAGAGCGAGAUCGAGGCGUUUGCAAAGCGUCGUUCUGUGGAUGGUGAUCUGGGGCCGUUGAAGACGGCCGAGCGGCCUUUGCUGUGGCAGCAGGAUCCAGAGCUGUCUAAGUUUGAUUAG